UUUAUCUCGGGUGUAGCCUGUUGGAACGGCGGUCCCUGAGAAAAAGAAGUCGUUAAAUACGGACAUGUUUGUGUCUACUGCUGAUCAUCCGCCUCCGUCGGUAUAGAAAACUAUACGCAGCGUUGAGGCAGUAAACAGAGCACAUAAAGUGGAAUUGCCGUUUAUUGUUCCUUUCACACAUUGGUGACGAGAAACUCGUCUCUCAGCCGUCACAAGGGUAUAAAAGUGAGUAGCAGUAAUUUUUUCCAACGACGAGAGCCAGCGUCACCUCCGUCACACAACGACGCACAGUCAAAACUUUUGGAUGCUUUACUGCGUGCGGAUUCUGAGAGUUGAUAUGCUUUUGAUGAGGUGUGUUGUAUUUCGCAGGAAGACUGGUGGUAUCCUUUGUGUUGGAGUAAGCCAGUUUUUUGCUAAUUUAUUCCGACCAUUUCUUCCGUAUCGCGUUGACAAAAGGGUUCCGCUGAAUUUUUGGCUUCGAUGCGUACCGUGCGUGUCUCUGGACCGACCGAGUGUUAUAAGAUAGUGUUCUUGAGACUUUGUAUGCCCUCGACCCUCUCAACGCUUUUUGCCCCUUCCCUACGGUUUUGUCCUCCUUUUUUGAACGUGGCAGGAUGUCUCAAGUUCUUCUUGCGACGGGCGCCUUGACAGCCCUGAGUGUUAGUGGCUGCAGCCUGGGCUUGGCUUCUCGGCUGCUCUCUCACCUAGGCAGCUCUCAGAGGCGAAGCGAGGAACGGUCCGAUACCGAAGGUUCUUCCAGCAGUUCGGCACACGACGGGUUGACGAAAUCUCUUCUGACAACUUUUGGAGCAGCUGCUGCCGCUGCAGUUCUUUUCAAAGGCGGCGACGUGAUCGAGGCAGGCGCUCGCACCUCGUGGACACUUGGAGGCGACAACACUCCCAGAGCCUUGGUGGAUUUGUCGACGGUGAUGAAGUUCCUCGCAGGCAUAUCUGUAGGAUGGCAGGUCACGCGUCUCCUGAAUGGAUUUUGCCGUUGGGAAGAAGCACAGGAGCCUCGGUUGGAGCAACGGUAUGAAACCUUUGUGCCGAGGCCACCCGCGACAAACGAGGACCCCCAAGUGGACGACGAAACUCUAGUCAAGUCCACAGGCGCAGGACUCACCCUCGCGCUCUUGAGUGGCGGGGCUAUGGGGCUGCUUUACUGCCGCUCGCUCGAAAGCAGCUUCGAUGACGUUCUGUGGAACUCCAGAAUGAACGUCGGAGCCACGCUUUUGACUGGAGCGAGUCUGGGUGUUGUUCUGCGAUCGGGAAAGGCCUUGAUGUCGUAAAUUAAAGUGCAGAGUGAAAAUGAGAGCGUGUGAUCGGGAAGUGACGGCGUAGAGGGCUCCUCAGGACCUCUGGCGAAGCACUGAAUACCUAAUUCGUAGGAAGUUUCUAGGUGUUGCCAUCGCAGCCUUUCCGCGCUCAAACGGGGAGUUUCUUUCACGGCGUUUGCUGUACCAAUGCUUAUUUGUCGUGUGACGGUCGAAAAUAACAGCAAGGGAAGCACCUGGCAGCUUGCCCACUGCUAGCGCUAACACCCAGCGUCCACAUCACUGUCCGUGCUCAAUGUGCUAGGGUUCAGAGAGGGGAAUGCUGAUCAUCCUUGGUCAGUGCUCCCAGGGGGCAAACGCGAGUGGAGGAGUGUGCACUCGUCUUCGUUUCUCUUCGUGUUGUAACAAGAAUCGCAACUACUCGUGCCAUAUUCGGUUUGUGCGACAGCAGUUUUGCUGAGGGUGCUGAACAAAGGCAUUUACGUGCUUUGGUGCCGGACAGAACUCGACCCUGCACUUCUCUACGUGCCUCACGCAAGGCAGCAGCCACUUCCAGCAUCAACGGUAGAUAUGCUGCGCAUGAACUUACAUUCAGUGGCAGGCGCUUGCCACACCAUGAUUCCAUAUCGCAUGUUUGCAAGUACGAAAUGCAGUCUUCCACGAAGGACCAAAAACUGUCUCACUACCCGGAGAGAAACUUCUGCGUUCUAUGA